AUGAAGGCUUUGGAGAAGAACAGCUGCAUCCUUUUGCUCUUUGCACUUAAUCUGAGAGGCAUCUGCUCCUCCUUUGUCAACGUCAACCGUGGGGUGAAAGUGAUGAAGGGUCAGUCUGUCUUCCUGUCGCAAGAGGACUUGCAGUUUUCCAUCCCCAGAGAGAAAGAUGCUUGCAAAGUAGAAGUGGUUAUGAAUGAGCCAAUAACACAGAGGGUUGGGAAGCUAACCCCACCGGUAUUUGAUUGUCAUUUUCUUCCCAAUGAAGUCAAGUACGUUCACAAUGGCUGCCCAAUCCUUGAUGAAGAUUUAGUCAUGCUGAGAUUAUAUAGAUUUACGGAAACAGAAACAUUCACAGAAAUAUUUACCCUUUGUGUUCAGUUACUUGAACCAGACUGUAAUAUCAUCCAAAUGAGCUCAAGUGCUUUGGAGGUCCCUGAGUUUCAUGGCCUGUCUAAUGUCAUUAAUAAGAACAUAAUUACUUUGAACUAUAACAAAAAGAUAAACCUGGAGUGCACCAUUAGCCUGAUUUCCUUAGAAAUGUUUCUACCAGCCCAUGGUCAACUUGUUACUGGAGAAAUUAAAGACAAAGAACCUCGUGGAGACCAACCUCAUAGCUUUUUCCCAGAAUCUGAACACAGGACAGGUGAACAGUGCUCAACUGGGAGCUGUAUUUCAGGCCUGAAGACUAUUCAAAACACCAGAAUGAGCUGUGAGGAUUUUCUUCUGAUGGAUCUUAGAUAUCAGCACUUGGAUCCCCCUUCACCUAAUGUUGAUUACAUUCCGAUCAGACUGGAUCUCACUGAUAGCAGAAGCAAGACUGUGUACAAGUCUGAGCAUGCUUGGCUUCCUGUUCAGAUCAGAGGUGCAAUUUCUAAUCAAGCCCCUCAAGCUGCCUUCAUGGCUAUGUUCAUCUUGGAAGUUGACCAGUUUAUUCUGAGUCCCUUUUCAACAGCCAUAUUGGAUGCCGAAGACAGUGAAACACCCAAAUCUCUACUAGUGUUCAACAUUACCAAACCACCCCAAGAAGGCUAUUUCACUCAUCUGCAAGACCACACAAAGCCUAUCUCAUCCUUCACAUGGAGUGACCUUAAUGAUAUGCUUAUAGCGUAUCAGCCUCCAAACUGCAGUCAUUCAGAAAGGAGAAAUUAUGAGGUAGCGUUUGAAGUUCAUGAUUUCUACUUUGAAAGAAGUUCACCAAUUACUGUUUAUAUCUCUGUUAGAACAGCAGAUACAAAUGCUCCCCGGGUUUCAUGGAAUACAGGUCUUGAUCUCCUGGAAGGACAGUCUCGUCCUAUAACAUGGGAGCAGUUUCAAAUUGUGGACAAUGAUGAUAUCAGUGGUGUCCGCAUAGUCACUGUUGAUGGUUUACAGCAUGGACAGCUCACACUAAGAGGGGGAAAAGGAUUCAUGUUCACAGUUUCAGACCUUAAGGCUGGUGUUGUUCGUUACCACCACGAUGACAGUGAUUCUAUAAAGGACUACAUUGUCUUUAGGAUCUUUGAUAACCAACACAGCAGUCGCCACAGAUUUCCAAUUAACAUUCUGCCUAAAGAUGACAGCCCCCCUUUCCUCAUCAGCAAUGUUGAAAUAGAGGUGUAUGAAGGGCAAGCUAUUCUGAUCCAAGGUUCCAUGCUUCAAGCCUCUGACACAGACUCUAGUGAUGACUACAUACUCUUCAAUGUCACCAAGCCAUCACAAGCAGGAGAAAUCAUUAAGAAGCCUGGACCAGAACUCUUUGGUUACCCAGUGACUAAAUUUCUUCAGAAAGAUUUGUUUAAUGGGAUAAUUUACUACCAUCACUUAGGAGGAGAAAUAUUUGAAGAUUCAAUUGAAUUCAUUCUGUGUGAUAGCCACGACCCUCCCAAUCUUUCCGAUAGUCAGGUGGUAAUAAUACACAUAAUCCCUGUGGAUGAUCAGCUUCCCAAAGAAGCUUCUGGAGUGAGCCGCCAUUUAACCGUCAAGGAAACUGAGAUUGCUCAUCUAACUAAGAAACAUCUGAAUUACAUAGACAUCGAAGCACAGGAAAGGGAGCUCAUCUACAACAUAACUUCACCGCCUUUCUUUUUAUCCAAACACUCCCACACAGAUGCUGGGAAAUUGUUUUUAAUAGACAGCAUUCCUAAGCUGAUCAAGGAUCCUGCUACGCCAGUACUGAGAUCGUUCACUCAGCAUGCUGUAAAUCACAUGAAAAUUGCCUACAUGCCACCUUUGCAAGAUAUUGGUCCUGAGCCUCAGUAUAUUCAGUUCAAGUUUUCAGUCCGCAAUCAACAUGGUGGAGCUUUAUAUGGACUCUGUUUCAACCUUACUGUUCUUCCAGUGGACAAUCAAGCUCCAGAGGUGUUUACAAGCAACUUGAAAGUAGAAGAAGGGGGCCUAUGCUUAAUUACAGAUGCCCACAUUCUGAUUUCGGAUGCAGAUACCAAACUGGAAAACAUUCGCAUCUACCUCCUGAGACCACCUCUCCACGGGAUGGUUGAAGUGGAUGGAAUUCCUAUGAAUCAAGGGGACCAGCUGACAUAUGAAGACCUGCACAAGUCCAAAGUCAAAUAUCAUCACAAUGGCUCAGAGAUCCCAGAGGAUGACAUCCUGCUUGUAGCUACAGAUGGUGUCAACGCCUUAGAAUUUGUCCUACGUGUUAAGGUGAUGCCUGUAAAUGAUGAACCUCCUGUCAUGAAAGCUGAUCUCAUUCCCUUCAUGCAGUGUCCAGAAGGUGAUGCAGUGUCCAUCACAUCAGCAUAUCUUUUUGCCACUGACGCAGAUAGUGAUGACAUGAAACUAAUGUUCAUGCUUGCUCGGCAUCCUAAACAUGGGCUUGUGAAGAAAGAUGGAAUUGUGGUGGAUCGUUUUCUCCAAGCAGAUGUUAUUUCUGGAGCAGUGGUGUACGAACAUACAAGUAAGUGAGGCCAGGGGCGUAACGAU